AUGGCUGAACCAAUCACGGAGGAGCCUCCACCUCCACCUGCUCCCGAUCCUAAUUCCACCCUCCCUCCUUCCGACUUCGAUUCCAUCUCGAUCCCUCCGUUCGACCAAUUUUACCAUUCCGGUUCCGAUCAGGUUCCGAUUAGUGAACUCAUGUCCGAUCUGGGGUUUCCUGUUGAUGGCGACGGUGAAAUCGAGCUCACUUUCGACGACCUCUACUUCCCCGGCGAGAACGAGACGUUCCUCAUCCCUGUCAAUGCCUCGAGCCAAGAGCAGUUUGGGGAUUUCACUCCGGAGUCUGAAGGUUCUGGAAUUUCCGGCGAUUGUGUUCUCAAAGAUGCCGAUAACACCAGUAUUAACCGAUUGCCGUCCACUUCUGGCUGCUGCAACCGGGAAUCUUCCAAAGACUCCGACGAUCGAUGCUCCGGUGCUGAGCGUAGCUCGGAUCUACCGACUCCGUUAUCGUCCCAGGGGUCGGGUAAUUGCGCUUCCGAUGUCUCGGAAGCUACAAACGAAUCGUCGCCGAAAUCAGGAAACGUCGUGGUCGAUCAGAAGGUUAAGGUGGAAGAAGCUGCAGCUGCUGCUGCGACAUCAAUUACCAAGAGGAAGAAAGAGAUCGAAGAAGAUUUGAGUGACGAAUCGAGGAGCAGUAAGUACAGGAGAUCGGGAGAGGACGCAGACGCAAGUGCGGUCACCGGCGAAGAAGAUGAGAAGAAGAAAGCGAGACUGAUGAGAAACCGAGAAAGCGCGCAGCUUUCAAGGCAGAGGAAGAAACAUUACGUCGAGGAGCUGGAGGAGAAGGUCAGGAAUAUGCAUUCGACCAUAACGGAUUUGAACGGGAAGAUAUCAUAUUUCAUGGCUGAGAACGCCACUUUACGGCAGCAAUUAGGCGGCAAUGGGAUGUGCCCGCCGCAUCAUCAACCACCUCCGAUGGGAAUGUAUCCGCCGAUGGCACCAAUGGCUUAUCCAUGGAUGCCUUGUCCACCUUAUAUGGUGAAGCAGCAAGGCUCUCAAGUGCCUUUGAUUCCCAUUCCCAGGUUGAAACCACAUAAUCCCCUUGGAUCAUCCAAGGCAAAGAAGUCGGAGAGUAAGAAGAGUGAAACUAGAACCAAGAAGGUCGCCAGUAUUAGCUUCCUGGGUCUUCUUUUUUGUUUAUUUUUGUUUGGUGCAUUGGCUCCAAUUGUGAACGUUAGUUACGGAGGAAUUAGUGGUGCCUUUUAUGGGAACUAUAGGUCUAAUUAUGUUACUGACCAUAUCUAUAACCAGCAUAGGGACAGAGUUUUGGAAACAUCUCGUAGUGGUAGUGCUGGUUCUAAUAGUAAUGGUAUGCAUUGUGGGAAGAAUAUAACUACAGCAGAGAGCUCUGUUCCUCCUGGAAAUGGUAGUGAGCCUCUAGUUGCAUCACUCUUUGUUCCGAGGAAUGACAAGCUUGUGAAGAUUGAUGGGAAUCUGAUUAUUAAUUCUAUAUUGGCGAGUGAGAAAGCUGUUGUGGCUUCUCGAAAGGCUUCUGAAUCGAAUGAGAGGAAAGCUGACUUGGUGGUUCCUAAAGAUUAUUCCCCGGCACUGCCUAUACCUGACGCCGGAAAGAUGGAGGAUAUUGCUAAGCAUCUCUAUAGAUCUAAGACUGAAAAACAGAAAGCCUUAUCCUCUGGCUCUGCUGAUACUCUGAAAGACCAAAUCAAAACAAAAGCAGCCAAUGGUGAAAUGCAGCAAUGGUUUCGUGAAGGUGUUGCAGGGCCAAUGUUUAGCUCCGGGAUGUGCACUGAAGUGUUCCAGUUCGAUGUCUCCUCAACCUCCGGAGCCAUCAUUCCUGCAUCUACAGCAACCAACGUCUCUGCUGAGCAGAGUAAGAAUGCCACGGACACACACAGGCGAAAGAACAGAAGAACCCUUCGUGGUCUUCCCAUUCCACUCCCAGGAAAAGAUUUCAACUACACCAAAGAGCAGCAAAGAAACAGCUCUAGCAAAGAAAUCAAGCCCGCUUCAUCAAUGGUUGUCUCUGUGCUUGUUGAUCCCAGAGAAGGUGGGGACGGAGACAUUGAUGGGAUGAUCGGUGGACCGAAAUCACUGUCCCGAGUUUUUGUCGUCGUGCUUCUGGACAGUGCAAAGUAUGUAACAUACUCUUGUGUCCUUCCUCGUUCAGGAGCUCCUCAUCUUGUGACUACUUAA